AUGAGCUCCUCCGGCCCGCGGCGUCCGCCGCCCACCGGCCCCGCCGCCUUCGGCGCCUCGCUGCCCGCGCCCGAGGAAGCUUAUGAUCAUCUCUUGGAAGCCCCGGUCACUCGGGAGCAGUUAAACCACUACCGGAAUGUGGCCGAGGCUGCCCGGAGUGAACUUGCAGCAACGCUGGUCCAAUUUGAAUCUGCUCAGUCUGAGCUUCGAGAACUGCGAUCCAAGAUGCUUUCUAAAGAAGUUUCCUGUCAAGAAUUGAAAGCUGAGAUGGAGAGCUACAAAGAAAACAAUGCCAGAAAAUCGUCUCUCCUCAUCUCUCUCAGGGACAGAGUUCAAGAACUAGAGGAAGAAUCAGUGGCUCUCUCCACUUCUAAAAUUAGAACUGAAAUCACAGCUCAGUCUGCAAUCAAGGAGAACCAAGAGUUAAAGAAGAAAGUGGUAGAACUGGACGAAAAAUUACAAAAAUGUUUAAAGGAAAAUGAGGAGAAUAAGAAUCAAGUCUCACAGAAUUGCAGGAAACAUGAAGAAUUUCUGGCUCAACUUCGUGACUGCUUAGAUCCAGAGAAGAAUGCAAAAGCAUCAGAUGAAGAUUUAAUUCUCAAGCUUGGAGAGCUGUGCAAGGAAAACGCAUUUGUGAAAGGACAAAUUGUUGCUCUUGAAGAGACUAUAAAUGUCCAUGAGAUGGAGGCAAAAGCUAGCAGAGAGACAAUCAUGAGGCUGGCUUCAGAAGUAAACAGAGCGCAGAAAAAAGCUGCCUCCUGCAUUGAAGAGAAAGGCAAGCUGAGCCAGGACUUGCUUGGUGCUGUGGAGGCCAAAGAAGCUCUUGAAAGGGAAGUUAAAUUCUUCCAAGAAAGGCUGCUUGCUGGUCAGCGGGUCUGGGAUGCCUCAAAGCAGGAGCUGAGCCUCUUGAAGAGGAGCUCUUUGGAGCUGGAGAAGAGUUUGAAGGCCAGUCUGGAGGCAACCGCGGCCUCCGAGACGGAGCUCUCCUCAUUUAGGGAGAAGAUAGCAGCCCUGCUGGGGGGCAGCUCAGGCACACUUAGGCCCUCGGAGAAUGCCAUUCUGGAGAGGAUUCGAGAAAUGGGCAGCCAGGAAGAGAGCGGGAAACAGAUGGUCUCCCAGCUUGAAGCCCAAAUAUCUAAGCUUGUUGAACAGUUGGGAAAUGAGUCCCAGUUUCACCAGAAAGCCCUGCAGAGAGCCCAGAAAGCAGAAAACAAGUUGGAGACUCUACAGGGUCAGCUAACACACCUGGAGGAAGAGCUGGUCUCUGGAGGUGUUCUGCGAGAUGAUUUGAAUUUCGAGAAGCAAAAAUAUCUUAAAUUUCUGGAUCAGCUUUCAGAGAAAAUGAAGUUAGACCAGAUGGCUGCUGAACUUGGCUUUGACAUGCGUCUGGAUGUAGUUUUAGCUCGCACAGAGCAGCUGGUCCGCCUCGAGAGCAAUGCAGUCAUUGAAAACAAGACGAUCGCCCACAAUUUACAGAGAAAGCUAAAGACUCAGAAGGAAAGAUUGGAGAGCAAAGAGCUGCACAUGAACCUCCUCCGGCAGAAAAUAGCCCACCUGGAGCAGGAAAAGCAGGUGCGCUCGGCUGUGAUGGUGGAGAGGGACGAGGCCAAUGUCACCAUCAGGAAGCUGCAGAAGAAGGUGGAGAGGCUGCAGAAAGAGCUGAGUGUGUGUCAAGAGCUGAAUACCGAGCUCAAAGCCAAACUGGCUGACACCAAUGAACUUAAGAUUAAAACUUUGGAACAGACCAAAGCCAUUGAGGACCUAAAUAAAUCCAGAGACAAACUGGAAAAGAUGAAGGAGAAAGCUGAGAAAAAGCUGCUGUCUGUCAAAUCAGAACUGGAGACUACAGAGCAUGAAGCUAAGGAGAAUAAAGAGAGGGCCAGGAACAUGCUAGAAGUUGUAACCAGUGAAAUGAAGACACUAAAAAAAUCUCUGGAAGAAGCAGAAAAGAGAGAAAGGAAGCUGGUGGACUUCAGGGAGGUGGUUUCUCAGAUGCUGGGCUUGAACAUGAUGAGUCUUGCUCUUCCUGACUAUGAAAUCAUCAAAUGUCUGGAAAGACUGAUCCAUGCACACCAGCAUCACUUUGUCACCUGUGCCUGCCUCAAAAACAUGACUGCAAAGCAAGAUAGGCCCCCACAAGGCCACUUACAACUUCUUCACUGA